GCGCUGGUCGGCUCCACAUCCGCGGAAGGGCGAGCGGAGCCCGGCGGGGCGAUGGCCGGCACGGCCAGGGACGAGCUGGGCAUGGAAGUAAUGAAGCCUUUAAUUGAUGAAGAAGACUCAGAUGGCAUCUCAGAAGAAGAGCAUGAAAAUAAUUUCCUGCCAGUUAAAACACAUUACCAGCUUGGUAAUGAAGGUGGCAUUACGUUUAUACAAACACUUACUCACCUCCUCAAGGGAAACAUUGGAACUGGGCUUCUUGGUCUUCCACUUGCAAUAAAAAAUGCUGGUAUUGUGGUUGGACCAAUCAGCCUUGUGUUCAUAGGAGUUAUAUCGGUUCACUGUAUGCACAUCUUGGUACGUUGCAGCCACUCUCUGUGUCAGAGGAUGAAAAAGUCCUCACUGGGGUAUAGUGAUACAGUUAGUUAUGCCAUGGAAUUGGGACCCUUUGCUGCUCUUCAGAAACGAGCUUCUUGGGGCAGGUGUAUUGUGGACUUUUUCUUAGUGAUAACACAGCUGGGAUUUUGUGGUGUUUAUGUUGUGUUCUUGGCAGAAAAUGUGAAACAAGUCCAUGAAGGAUUCUUGGAAACUAAGAUUGCUCCCAUGAAUGUUAGUGCCACUAGCAGUUCGUCUGAGAAGAGGAAUAUUGAUUUACGAAUAUACAUGCUGUGUUUCCUGCCAUUCCUGGUCCUCCUCGUCUUUAUUCGUGACCUUAAGAGCCUGUCCUUGCUUUCAUUGCUUGCCAAUCUGUCCAUGGCUGUCAGCCUGGUGAUCAUUUACCAGUAUAUUGUUAGAGAUAUAGUAGAUCCUCGAAAACUGCCUCCAGUGGUCGGCUGGAAGAAAUACCCACUGUUUUUUGGGACUGCAGUAUUUGCUUUUGAAGGAAUCGGUGUGGUACUGCCAUUGGAAAACAGAAUGAAGGACACAACACGUUUCCCACAGGCAUUGAACAUUGGGAUGGGAAUAGUCAUGACCUUGUAUAUCUCACUAGCCACUCUGGGAUAUCUGCGGUUUGGGGAUGAAGUCAAAGGCAGCAUAACUUUAAACCUGCCACAAGAUAAAUGGUUAUAUCAGUCCGUAAAAAUGCUGUACUCCUUUGGGAUUUUUGUGACCUAUUCGAUUCAGUUCUAUGUCCCUGCGGAGAUUCUCAUUCCAGUUGUCACUUCCAGAGUGAAGCAGAAGUGGAAGUUACUCAGUGAGCUUGUGGUGAGAGCACUAUUAGUCUGCUCAACCUUAUAUACGAAACUUUGUUGGGAAAAAGCCUUCGGGCUUGAGACGGAGAGGAAUGUACCCAUCCCUUGGGAAGUUCAUGUUUGGGCUGAGUGGUUGUUGCUCUGGAAGUAG